GCAUAUCGCUGGUUUAUGAAGAGCGAUAACUCGGGGUUAUAUCAACAAUGGGGCCUACAGACAACCCAAUCACCACAUUCAGUGAUUUUUGUACAGGUGAAUUUCUUCAAAUUAUGAACUUUGACAUAAACGAGUUCUACAUCACAGGGAUUAUAGUAAUUUCACUAGCCAUUCCUCCCACUGUCUUUCUGAAUGCUUUGGUUUUUGUUGGUAUUUACAAAACUCCAUCACUACAUACACCAGGUAAUGUACUUCUGUUAAGCUUAGCUCUCACUGAUCUUGGAACAGGGCUUGUGAUAUUACCUUCCACUUUGCUCAMAGCGAUAGGCGCUAUUGAAAACGUGUGCUUCCCUGGUUUGAUGGAAACGACCUUCAUGUCCACUGGCUUUUUCAGUGGUCUCUCGAUUAUAACUUUAACGUUCAUCAGUGUAGAUCGAGUWAUAGCUCUACAGUUUCACAUGCGGUACACCAGUAUUGUUACCAUUCGUAGAGUGCUGGCUGCCCUAGUGUUUUCUUGGGUGGCAGUAUUUCUGAUCGCGUUGUCGUUGAUCUGGAUCGGACAAGAACCAUUGCUAUGGUGUUUUGCCAUCGGUCUCGCUGUAUGCUUGAUUGUGUCAACUGUGAACAAUUGUGUAAUACUCCGAAUUCUCCGUCGUCAUCGCGUAGAUAUUGAACGACAACAGCAGCAAGUACAGGUGAACCAGAACAUUGACAAUACCAACAUGGCUCAGAGAAGGAAAACUUCCAGGAACAUGCUUUGGGUUUACAUGUUGUUUCUUGUUUGUUAUGCUCCAAAUUUUUUGGUGGCAUUAGCAUCAAGCACUUUAAACUAUAAAACAUCCUAUAUUGUUUUAACUAUAACAAACGUUUURAUGUAUUUCAAUUCAAUGUUUAACCCAAUAUUCUAUUGCAUCAAAAUGCGUUCCAUACGUAGACACCUUGUUCAUGUGUUACCGAUAAAGAUACUGAUUUUCUUUAAUAUCGAACCUUAGUUUUCGAUCCUAGGAGUUGUUUCGCUAUAUAUUUAUGCAUAUUYCUUAGCAAUGAAAAAUGGGAAGUCAUUGGAAUCUCACUAUGGAGGGAGCUAAUGAAAUUUAACUGCGGAAGUACAUAAAUGACCUAAUCCUUCAAAAACUU